GACGAAAAAGAAACAAGACCGGCAGAUUGAUGUCAUACAGGAUAAGUUGAAAAAUGAAGACUCUCAUGGUGUUUGAUUUCGACCACACAGUUGUUGAUGACAACAGUGACACAUGGGUGAUAAGAUGUCUGCCUGAUGUGACUCUUCCUGACUCUGUGAAGAACUCCUACAGAAAAGGUUACUGGACCGAGUACAUGGGCAGAGUGAUGAAAUACAUUGGAGACCAGGAUGUCAGCCCUGACAGGGUCCGCAGUGUGAUGGAGACCAUCCCCUUCACAGCAGGAAUGACAGACCUGCUGACUUUUAUAUCAGAGAAUAAAAGCACCAUUGACUGCAUCGUCAUCUCCGACUCCAACACCCUUUUCAUUGACUGGAUCCUGCAGGCAUCAGGACUCCGCUCAGCUGUCGAUCGGGUUUUCACAAAUCCGGCUAAGUUCAAUGAGCUCGGGUACAUGGAGGUACAGUGCUACCACUCUCACAACUGCAACCGAUGCCCUGUAAACCUCUGUAAGAGAAAAGUUCUGGAGCUUUAUCUGUCAGAGAAGGCUGAUGGAGGCGUAAAGUAUGAGCAGAUAUUUUAUGUGGGGGAUGGGGGAAAUGAUCUCUGCCCGACUUUCUGUCUCAGAGGGAAUGAUGUUGUGAUGCCAAGGAAAGGCUGCACUCUGGAAAAGCUGGUGUCCAGACUGGAAAGUCAGACAGAUGACUCUUCCCUGAGAGCUAAAGUCAAAGUGUGGAGUAGUGGCACAGAGAUCCUUGAGGAACUAAAAGCCAGUAUGUAGAUUUAGCUAAAACCAUGGAGAUCAAAUUAAGAAGAUCAAAUUGUAACUAAAAAAAAUGCACUACUGCAAAUAAUGAGUCCGUGUUGUUAAGGCAUAAUGCUGCUCCUUGUAAUUGUAAAAAAAAAAAAAAAAUGAAAGUAUACUUUGAUUUCUAAUAGCACAAUUUGGAUGCUAAAUUAUGUACAUCACAAGUCCUUAGUAAGAUGUCCUCAAAUGAUACCUCUAAGUUUUAAUGACUUUUGUGUUUUAACUACUGUGCAAGAACAAAGGGAACGGGUGCAUCACAGCCCAAUGAAAAUAUCAACCUUAGAAAAAACAUUUAUAUGUACACUGAUGUGGGACUCUGUUUCAGUCUUGUUAUUGAAUCAAAUUAAUACAGUUUUGAAUAUCUUAUUUAUUUUUCAGCUUUCAUGGACAGCAUUCAAGGGCAUCACAGUCCAAUAAAAGUGGAUCAGUAAAAUUAAAGAUUAAGACUAGAAAAGCACUUGGAGAGCGCAGACCUCCGCCAUUAGCCCUAUCUCCCAAUAGUAAAGAAUCCUUUAAAAAAUUCCUGGAUCCAGACGGUGAUCCGGAUCACUCCCAAAAUCUAAUCAGUUUUUCCUUAUGCCAUUUGUGACAUUUCCUGAAAAUCUGAAUAGGAGAAAAUAAAGAGGAGAAGAAGACAUGACACAGAUGAUGACAUUUAAAAUCGAUCUGCUGGAAUGAACCCUUAAAGAUGACUUGGCCUUAUUGGUAGACUAUUCAAAUAUAAAAGUGGGAUCACUGUGUUUUCUAAAAUGUUUCCUAGGUACACUGAAGACCCUUGAUUGAGAUCUCAGCUCUAACUGUCAGGAUUCAGAUGGGGAUAGUUGGGGAUGGGGAUAAGGGAUAGUUCAGUAUUUUUUAAGUUGGAUUGUAUUUGAUAACUUGGCAUUAGUAGUGAGCAUUUCCUCUUUUAACAGGAUGCGCUUGGGGAAGCUAGCCUUUACAGCGUAGCAUAUGGGUAAAGUUACAGUUGUAAUUUAGGGAGUUUUGGGUGAAAAUGGGCCAAAAAACAAUGCUGGCUAAUUGUAUGCCAUAUUGAACAUGUCUGAGGUGUUUUAUUUUUCACCCAGAAAGCCUCUAUAUUUGGCCCGAAUUUGCAAUGCAAGCUUGGACUACCAGCUACAUGCUCUACUGCUGUAGCGUAUCUGAUCAGCUGUUUUGGGCUAAACUAAAACAAGUUAUUUCAGCUCAUGUUUCCUCUUCGACAACUGACACAAUGUUUUCAGAGGGUAAACUUAUCCUGUAACUUGUUCUGUUAACAGAUAUUAGAAGAAUAAAGCAAAAGCCAUAAACUUGCCUUGAUGACAAAUGUCCAUUCAGCUCUUCUGGUUGGUGUUGGUUUGUCCAGUUUAUCUACCGAAAGUUGAAGAAGGUAUGUAAAAGAGCAACAUUCAGGGAGCCAGGGAACUCUGGAUGGGUGUUGAUGCAGGCUGCAGGCGUCUGUGAACUACUAUCCUUGAUCAGAAAUAGCCUCAAGAAGUGUUGUGAAGUCCCACUCAUGACAACAAUAGCUCUCAUGGGCAUGGACUCACAGUUUACACACCUAAACCACCAGGUAACUUAGGAUCUCUCCUGCUAACCCGUCUCCACUAAAGUUUUUCUCCCUCACUUUCUCCCCGCUGUCUUCAUUUGCACAAGUUGUUCCUCUGUGUACUCUGGCUUAUAAAUAUAUCAACAGUAAACACAUGUCAUUGCCACUUGAGUAGAAAUCACUCAUUUUAGUUCUGUUUUGGCUAAGUUUGUUGUUUUUGUCUCUGAAGAGACCCACAGACCUAAACAGCUGAUAGGAAGAUGACGAUACGCUGGAAGAGCUGAAGCUUCCAUUGCAAAAUACUGUAGUGCCAAACCCAGAGGCUUUCUCGGUGAAAAUAAAACACUUCCAAAACUUUCAAUAUAGAGUGCAUUGUUCUUUGGCCCAUUUUUACCUAAAAUGUGCUAAAUUAAGCCGCACAACUGUACCUGCCUGUAGCACUAUAAAGCCUAGCUUCCCUGCCAGCACUACCAGCCCUUCUUAAAGGGCCAGCGCUCCAUGAAAUCUCUGGAGGCUAAUGCCACUACUAUUGCCAAGCACCUUCUACAGUCUUGCACAACCCAACUCCAAAAUGAAGGAAAGCAAUCCUCAGAAAUGUCCUAAGCUUACUCAUGGAAAGGAGGCCCUAGUAUAAUGAACAUGCUUUUACCACGCUCCCAUGGUGUCAGAUAAAAAUCAAUCUGCUAUCAGGUACCCUCAAAUUACAUGGUGCUAAUAAAGGAAAGAUGCUUUCUUUAUUUUUUUUAGAUUUAGCGGUUCUCUGUUGAAACAGCUAAAGGUAAAGCUAAUAGGAACUCUUAAGUGCAAGUAUUUUUAGCAUUUUUCUUGUACUGUGCAGGAAUGAGUUAAAAAUUUAGUCUUAUGUAUAAAGUUAUUAUGAGUACUAAAGGCAUUACCCAUACUUUAGCAUACAUAAUCUCAUUUUGUUUGCAACUUUCAGUAUUUUUCAUAUCACAGUUCACAGAAUAUCCAAGCGGACAGUGAAGGAACUGCUGUUUUUGCACCUUCACAUUGGCUUCAGUUUUCAACAUUGAAGGUUGCUUUUAGAAAACAAAUUAUGUAAAAUGUGUUAUGAUGUUGAAUUCAAAUGAUCUUUGCUCUUUUUCUUCUCCCCCUUUAUGAAAAGAGAAAAGAACAAGUAUCUAUCGCCCAGCAACUAAAGGAUUAAUUUUCAAUCAUACAUAUUACUAUAACACAACUAACACAUAUAAUUUUGUGGUGUUAUAGUAAAAUAAGAAGACAAUUUUGGAUCAAGUCUCCAGUAAUACUUUAUAAAGAAACAUGUCAUUUUCAAUGUACCUCAGUUCUUCCACAGAGUCAGUAAAAUUGUCAUUAUUUUAACUGCUGAAGCAUUUUUUUUCUAGUUUAUAUCAGUGCAAACUAUUAAACACAUAAAGAUGGAUGUGCCAUUGCUUGAUUUUUGUGAUGUUUUGUGACUAAAUGUCAAAGAGGUUUAACCAGAAUUGGUAUUUUAAAAGUAAUUUUGUUUCAUUUCAUUGUGGUGCUCUGAUUCUAACUGUUUAACAUCUCAGGUUUACAUUUUCUAUUUAUACAUGUGAAGCUGUCCUGAUCGUGUGAUCCAGGCUUUGAUUAACUUGAUCAGUUUUAAUGGCUGUAACUGUCAGUGUUUUAAGCUCCAAGUACAAAAAAGUCCAGGUGUUUUAUUUUAUGAUACCAUCCAGCUACAAUGACUUAUCUGGAUAAAGUUCCAUGUAUAAACACAGAAGCUCUGCUUUAAAAUCCAUCCAAGCUCCAUGUGAUACAGAAGAUUCAGGUUUGAUUAUUUUGUGUCCUCCAACUAAUGAAAUAACCCUGAGAUUUAAUCCAGGUUUCUUAUGAAUGUCUUUUGUUACUUGGACAGAGUGUUAAAUCUAAGUAUUCAUGAAAUAAAGGAUGUAUUCAGAUACAUUGUUUGGCACUGCCAUAAUUCAGCAAUUGAAAUUUAUAUUUUUAACUUAAUUCAUUGUUAUU